UUUUUCCGACUUUUAUUUACAAAGUAGACUUUUUCAUAGACAAUAGUCGAGUUAUCGAUUUUUUUGGAACAAAAUAGUCGACUUCGACUUUUCGACAAAAAGUCGAUUGUUCGAUUAUUCGAAACUCGAUUUAUAGAAACCUAAUGCAAACAAAAUAUUUGUUUACUUUUUAUACAGACAUUAUAGCUAUUGUGAAUGUGUGCUAUUAAAACGUUCAACGAUAAAACAGUGUUUUUUUAUUAUGCCUUUUUCACAUAUUUUUUUAAUAUAAAUUAUAGAUUAGAGCGUAAAAAGUAAAAUUUAUAAUUUAUUUUAUAUUUCCAAAUACAAUUAUGUUUUAAAUUUGUUAUUGUUGGCACUUUAGCAAGAAACAAACAAAUAUUUGUUUACAUUUUUAUUUGCUGUAAAAAUGAUCGUGAAUACUUACCAUUUUUGACAUAUGUUUAAGGAUAAGGCAGUUUCUUUUAUUUGUUUAAUAGUUUUGUUUACCUUAGAUUUUUACAUUAAUUCUUCGUGAAGAUUUAACAAUGUGUUCUGCACAGCUUGGUUUACAUGUUUCCAUGUGUAAUUAGAUGUGAUUAAAAUGUUUUUAGUUUUUAUUAACUAAAGUGAAACUUAAAUAGUUCAAGCUUUAAAGUUUUAUAUUAAAUACAUUAUUACAAUUAUGGAUUGUAUAAGUAAAACCUGUUUAACCUGUUUGGGUACUAUAACUGAGGCACGCCAUAUCCACGAUACUCUGCAGGAUAAUCAUAAAAUAUUGGAAAUAAUUUAUAAAAUUGUGCCUAUACUAUUGGAAAAUCAAGAAUUAACAUUACCCGAAUGGAUAUGUGAAAAAUGUUUGGACAAACUUGUUAUUUCAUACAACUUUCAAAAGCAAUGUUUAGAUGCCAUACAAAAUCUAUAUAAACUAGAGGCCAAUACUGAUGAAGUUGCAAAAAAUGAAUAUUUUGAUGAAGUUUAUAAAGAGGAGUUGCUACAAGAUGAUAAUGAAGAUUCAAGGGAAUCUUUUCAUGAUAACAAAAUACAAUUUGAGGAGUUGACUUUAGAUUCUAAACUUGAAAAUGAGGAAGAUUUAGAAAUGACAUUUUAUGCAAAUGAUGAUGAGCUGGAAGACUAUUCACAGGAUAAAUUGGAAGAUAAAGAAAGUGGAAGCGAAAACAAAUCUUUAGCUGAUACCACCCUACCACCUUAUGAAACUGCGACGCUACAAUGUAAAAUAUGUAAACAAAUAUUUAAAACUUAUCGGGGUUUAACUUCUCACAAAACUAGAGUACAUAUAAGAAAAUAUUUAUAUAAUUGCAAAAAAUGCUAUAAAGGAUUUGAUUCCGAGGAACAAUACAUUAAACAUUGUAAUCGUCAUUUGGGUAUAAAAGCAUUCAAAUGUCCUAAAUGUGAUAAAGUCUUUGAUGCAAAUAGCACGCUUAAUCAACAUUUAAUCUCCCAUUCCCAAGAGACACCAUAUCUAUGUACAAUUUGUGGCAAAAGUUUUAAUCGUUCGGGUUCUUUAAAACAACAUAUACUAAGACAUGGUCAUGAAAAACCAUUUAAAUGUUAUAUAUGUUCGAAAAGUUUUAAAUGUCUGCCAGAUCAGAUUAAACACAUGUAUAUACAUAAGAAAAAACGUUAUCAGUGUAAUCUUUGUGGUGUAAGGUUAGCCUCCUUAACAGCUAUAACAUCACAUAAACUACUACAUACGGGAAGAAAAGAUACACCACAAGAUAGAGAUGCAAAUGAAACGUCUACUCAAGUGUUAAGUAAAUCUAAUAAAGAUGUGAAUUUGGAAAGCGUUUCUAAAGACGAAAGAUCCCAAAUAGAAUUGAAACAGGAAGCAAAGGAUAAUGAACUCUUAGAACAGCAAGUUCAAAGUGAGAAUGAUGACAAUUCUAUGGAACUAGAAAAACCUCAAGUAGAGGAGUAA